AUGGCGACUCCAAGUGAGAGUUCUGGGGAUGACGAGGAGGAGACCUGGCUGAUGACAGUGACACGUUUUGUGAGCAUGGAGAAGCCAGAGAUAGACAGACUAGUAAAUUGGGCUAUGGAACAGAAGUUGGGUAUUGGAGAAAGGCCAUCAGUACGUGUUCUGCAAACAGGAAAGGCUCUGGUCUUUUAGGGGCGCUAAGCAAGAUUGACUGCAGAUAGAAAUAUACUACACAUUUUGCCAUGGGGCAGAGAUUUGUUUUUGCACUUUUCUAACAAAUUUCAUGCAAUUCUACUCAAUUUGCCAUGGGGCAGAGAACUUGCACCUUGUGUAUUUUACUGUUCUAACUCUCAACAGUAAGUAGUUUUGAAGGACAGUUCUACACAUUUUGCCAUGGGAGGGGAGAGAAAAUGUUGCAAUUUUAUAACACAUUUCAUGCAAUUCUACUCAUUUAGCCAUGGGACAGAAAUAAAAAAACAAAAAAACAUCAGUUUUGCAGCUGAUUUCCUGCAAUUCUACCCAUUUUGCCAUGACCUAUGCCAUGUUAAUGAUAUCUGAGUGAGAAUGACUAACAAAAUCAUUAGGGCCCCCCUGGAGGUCAGGCGGCGAGCUUGGUGAAACUGAGAAGACACUGUCUGUCUUUUCGAGUUUUGAAACAGUCUUUACCUGACAAAUGUCACGGUUUCGGCCGAGGCUGCUCCUCCUUGUUCGGGCAGGCUUCGGCGGUCGUCGUCCCCGGAGUACUAGCUAUCACCGUUUGAUGUUUUCGAUGUCUGUUUGGUUUUGUCUGAUUGUGUACACCUGUUUCCUGUUUGGUUAAUUAUGUCUCCUAUAAGUUUCUCGUUUGGUUAGUCUUGUGUUGUGUGUUAUUGUUCGCCUGUCAUCAGGUCGGCUCGUUGUUUGUUUGUUGUUUUCCCUGUCGUCGCACUGUACUGUUUUCGUGCACCUUGGGAUACUAGCCUUUUGCGCAUUGUUGCGCAUCGUCCGCCUCUUGUUUGUUUGGUGGCCAGUGUUUUGUAUAUUUUUGGUCGUGUUCAGUAAAGUAUUGGACUUAGCUUCUGUGUCUGCGUUUGACUUCACCACAUCUACAUCAGCCGUUGUGACAGAAUAACACACCACCAUGGAGUCAGCAGAAGCAGCGGCGGCACCCAAGUCGCUGGAGGAACGGAUCAGCCAUCAAGACACCAUGAUCUGGCGACUUGUGGCCGCCAUGAACGAGGUGGCGAACACUCUGCACCGUUUGGUCACCAGAGAGGUGCCCACACCUCCGCACACCUUACCAUCAACAUCGACCAGUCCUCCUCUUCCAGCACCGGAACUCAGCGGUAUUCGGCUCUCGCUCCCGAGGGCAUAUGAUGGUACCGCAGCCGGAUGUCAGGGGUUCCUCCUGCAGGUGGAACUCUACCAGGCCACCAUACACCCGGCGCCCUCGGGAUACGAGAGCGUCUCCGCCCUCAUCUCCUGUCUCACCGGCAAGGCGUUAGAGUGGGCUAACGCCGAAUGGAGGGGAAUUGACGCCGCCCCCAUCACCUACGGGGAGUUCUCCCGCCGCUUCAGGGCCGUGUUCGACCAUCCACCAGAGGGGAAGGCGGCGGGGGAGCGUCUGCUUCAACAGGGGAGGAGGAGCGCACAGGAGUUCGCCCUGGAGUUCCGGACUCUAGCAGCGGAUGCAGGGUGGAAUGAGCGGGCCCUCAUCGACCACUACUGAUGUAGUCUACGGGAGGACGUCCGUCGAGAGUUGGCCUGCAGGGAUUCCCAUCUUACCUUCGACCAGCUGGUGGACAUGUCCAUCCGGCUUGACACCCUGCUGGCUACCCGCGGACGCACCGAGUGGGGGUCGUCCAUUCCACCCUCCAGCACCUCCGAGCCGAGCCCUAUGGAGCUCUGAGGUGCUGGCGCUAGAGAGAGGAGGAGGAGGAGCCCGAGGGGGGCUGUUCCCUGCACCAACUGUGGCCGUGGAGGGCACACUGCGGCUCGGUGCUGGGGAGGGUCUCCUAGGGGAGAGGACGACCGGCCACGCACUGGGAGUCAUUCCAGGUGAGUAGGCGUCCCACUUACCCAGAGCUCUCUGUUGUGCACGUCUGUUUACCUGUACAUUUUCCACAGGUUGCACCUCAUUCCCAGCAUAAGGCGCUAGUAGAUUCAGGCGCAGCUGGGAAUUUUGUUGAUCGACAUUUUUGUUUAAAACUAGGAAUUCCCCUUCUUCCAGUCGACGCCCCAUUUCCUGUCCAUGCUUUAGACAGCCGUCCCUUGGGAUCGGGGUUGAUUAGGGAGGUCACAGCGCCACUUAGGAUGAGGACGCAGGGGGGUCAUGAGGAAACUAUUCAGCUAUAUCUGAUUGACUCUCCUGCGUAUCCGGUGGUGUUGGGGCUUCCCUGGUUGAUUACCCAUAAUCCUUCUAUUUCGUGGCAACAGAGGGCUCUUAAGGAGUGGUCUGCCCAGUGUGUGGGGCGAUGUCUAGGUGUUUCCGUGGGGGCGACCUCGGUGGAGAGUCCAAACCAGGUGCCCGCACUGCACAUUCCCCCUGAGUAUGAGGAUUUGGCAAUCGUGUUCAGUAAAUCGAGGGCGACGCAGUUGCCUCCUCAUAGGCAGGGAGAUUGUGCGAUAGACCUCCAGGCAGGAGCAGCGCUUCCACGGAGCCAUGUGUAUCCUCUGUCUCAAGAGGAGAAGAGAGCUAUGGAGACUUACAUAGCCAAAUCUCUGAGACAAGGAUACAUACGGCCAUCCACUUCCCCUGCGUCCUCAAGCUUCUUUUUUGUGAAGAAGAAGGAUGGAGGUUUGCGCCCGUUCAUUGAUUACCGUAGUCUCAAUCAGAUCACGGUGAAAUACAGUUAUCCACUCCCGCCGAUUGCGACUAUGACGGAGUCAUUGCACGGGGCGCGUUUCUUCACAAAACUAGAUCUCAGGAGCGCAUACAACUUGGUGCGCAUUAGAGGGGGCGAUGAAUGGAAGACAGCAUUUAGUACCACCUCAGGUCAUUACGAGUAUCUCGUCAUGCCAUACGGGUUGAUGAACGCUCCUUCAGUCUUCCAAUCCUUCGUAGAUGAGAUCUUCAGGGACAUGCAGGGGCAGGGUGUGGUCGUGUACAUUGAUGACAUUCUUGUGUACUCUUCUACCCGAGCCGAGCAUGUAGCCCUGGUGCGCCGAGUGUUGAGGAGGCUGUUGGAGCACGACCUGUAUGUCAAGGCAGAGAAAUGUCUGUUUUUCCAGGAGUCGAUCUCCUUUUUGGGUUAUCAGUUGUCUGCGUCAGGGGUGAAGAUGGAGGUUGACCGAGUGUCAGCCGUGCGUAAUUGGCAAACUCCAACCACUGUUAAAGAGGUGCAGCGGUUUUUUGGGGUUUGCAAAUUACUACCGGAGGAUUAUCCGGGGUUUUGGACAGGUGGCAGCUCCCAUAACGUCUCUGUUGAAGGGGGGUCCGGUGCGUUUGCAGUGGUCAGCCGAGGCGGACAGGGCUUUUGGGAGACUGAAGGACCUGUUUACUUCGGCUCCGGUGCUGGCGCAUCCGGAUCCCGCUUUACCAUUUCAGGUAGAGGUUGACGCGUCAGAGGCCGGUAUUGGGGCCGUACUUUCGCAACGGUCCGGCACGCCACCUAAACUCCGCCCCUGUGCUUUUUACUCCAAAAAGCUCAGCCCGGUGGAGCGAAAUUAUGACGUAGGGGACAGGGAGCUGUUAGCCGUGGUACAGGCCCUAAAGGUGUGGAGGCAUUGGCUUGAGGGGGCUCAACACCCUUUUCUCAUUUUGACUGACCACCGUAACCUGGAGUACAUCCGGGCAGCUAGGAGAUUGAACCCUCGCCAGGCGCGGUGGAACAUGUUUUUAGCCCGGUUCGUAUUUAAGAUCACGUACAUCCCUGGGUCCCAGAAUGGUAAGGCAGACGCACUGUCUCGGCGGUAUGACACAGAGGAGAGGUCCGUUGAGCCCACUCCCAUACUGCCAGAGUCUUGUCUGGUGGCACCGGUAGUGUGGGAGGUCGAUGCUGAAAUCGAGCGGGCGUUGCGUACCGACCCUAGUCCUCCACAGUGCCCGGUGGGUCGGACGUACGUUCCGCUCAAGGUUCGGGAUCGACUGAUAUAUUGGGCUCACACGUCACUCUCCUCUGGACAUCCUGGUAUUGGCCGGACUGUGCACUGCCUUAGCGCUAAGUACUGGUGGCCAACGUUAGCCAGGGAUGUGAGGGUUUAUGUCUCCUCCUGCUCGGUGUGCGCCCAGUGUAAGGCGCCUAGACACCUGCCCAGGGGAAAGUUACAACCCCUGCCCGUUCCACAACGACAAUGGUCUCACCUCUCGGUGGAUUUCGUCACAGACCUUCCCCCCUCACAGGGGAAUACUACUAUACUGGUCGUUGUGGAUCGGUUCUCUAAGGCCUGUCGUCUGCUCCCAAUGCCAGGUCUUCCUACUGCCCUACAGACCGCCGAAGCACUAUUCACCCACGUGUUCCGGCACUACGGGGUACCCGAGGAUAUAGUGUCUGAUCGAGGUCCCCAGUUUACCUCCAGAGUCUGGAGGGCGUUUAUGGAGCGUUUGGGGGUCUCGGUGAGCCUGACCUCGGGUUACCACCCGGAGAGUAAUGGGCAGGUGGAACGUGUGAACCAGGAUGUGGGUAGGUUUCUUAGAUCGUAUUGCCAGGGCCGGCCGGAGGAGUGGGCGAGGUAUGUACCCUGGGCGGAGAUGGCCCAGAACUCUCUCCGCCACUCCUCAACCAAUCUAACCCCUUUCCAAUGUGUGUUAGGUUACCAGCCGGUUCUGGCACCGUGGCAGCAGAGCCCGAUCGAGGCUCCUGCGGUGGAUGAGUGGGUGCGGCGCUCAGAGGAGACGUGGAACGCUGCACACGUCCACUUGCAGCAGGCCAUCCGUCGUCAGAAAGCGAGUGCCGAUCUCCACCGCAGUGAGGGGCCGGUGUACGCACCUGGUGAUCGAGUCUGGCUCUCUACCAGAAACCUACCCCUCCGCCUGCCCUGCCGGAAACUGGGUCGGCGGUUUGUGGGGCCCUUUAAAGUCCUGAGAAGAUUGAACGAGGUGUGUUACAGGUUACAACUGCCUAUUGAUUAUAAGAAUAUUAACCCCUCGUUCCAUGUGUCUCUUCUCAGGCCGGUGGUAGCUGGUCCACUCCAGGACGAUGAGAUAAGAGAGACUCCUCCGCCCCCACUGGACAUCGAGGGGGCUCCGGCGUACACAGUUCGGUCCCUCUUGGAUUCGAGACGUCGGAUGGGGGGUCUCCAAUAUCUCGUGGAGUGGGAGGGGUACGGUCCGGAGGAGCGGUGCUGGGUGCCGAGGAGAGACAUCCUAGACCCGUCUCUCCUGACGGAGUUCCACCGUGGACACCCUACGCGCCCUGCUCCGCGUCCUCCUGGUCGUCCCCGAGGCCAGGGUCGGCGCACGGCUGGAGCCGCGCGUCAACGGGGGGGUACUGUCACGGUUUCGGCCGAGGCUGCUCCGCCUCCUUGUUCGGGCAGGCUUCGGCGGUCGUCGUCCCCGGAGUACUAGCUAUCACCGUUUGAUGUUUUCGAUGUCUGUUUGGUUUUGUCUGAUUGUGUACACCUGUUUCCUGUUUGGUUAAUUAUGUCUCCUAUAAGUUUCUCGUUUGGUUAGUCUUGUGUUGUGUGUUAUUGUUCGCCUGUCAUCAGGUCGGCUCGUUGUUAGUUGUUUUCCCUGUCGUCGCACUGUACUGUUUUCGUGCGCCUUGGGAUACUAGCCUUUUGCACAUUGUUGCGCAUUGUCCGCCUCUUGUUUGUUUGGAGGCCAGUGUUUUGUAUAUUUUUGGUCGUGUUCAGUAAAGUAUUGGACUUAGCUUCUGUGUCUGCGUUUGACUUCACCACAUCUACAUCAGCCGUUGUGACAACAAAGUCAUGUUAGGAUAUCAAAUCAAAUUUUACUGGUCACAUUCACAUAUUUAGCAGAUGUUAUUGUGGGUGUAGUGAAAUGCUUGUGUUGCUAGCUACAACAGUGCAGUAGUAUCUAACAAUUCACAACAAUACAAACACAUCUAAAAGUAAAAUAAUGGAAUUAAGAAAUAUAUGAAUAUUAGGAUGAGCAAUGUCGGAGUGGCAUUGACUAAAAUACAGUAGAAUAGAGUAUACACAUACAGUAUGAAAUGAGUAAACCGUAUGUAAACAUUAUUAAAGCAACUAGUGUUCCAUUAUUAAAGUGACCAGUGAUUCCAUGUCUACGUACAUAUAGCAGCAGCCUCUAAGGUGCAGGGUUGAGUAACCGGAUGGUAGCCGGCUAGUGAUGGCUAUUUAACAGUCUGAUGGCCUUGAGAUAGAAGCUGUUUUUCAGUCUCUCGGUCUCAGCUUUGAUGCACCUGUACUGACCUCACCUUCUGGAUGAUAGCGGAGUGAACAGACCGUGGCUCGGGUGGUUGAUGUCCUUGAUGAUCCUUUUGGCAUUCCUGUGACAUCGAGUGCUGUAGGUGUCCUGGAGGGCAGGCAGUGUGCCCCCGGCGAUGCGUUGGGCAGACCGCAUCACCCUCUGGAGAGCCCUGCGGUUGCGGGCGGUGCAGUUGCCGUACCAGGUGGUGAUACAGCCCGACAGGAUGCUCUUAAUUGUGCAUCUGUAAAAGUUUGUGAUGGUCUUAAUGGCCAAGCCGAAUUUCUUCAGCCUCCUGAGGUUGAAGAGGCUCUGUUGCGCCUUCUUCACCACACUGUCUGUGUAGGUGGACCAUUUCAGGUUGUCACUGAUGUCUACGCCGAGGAACUUGAAGCUUUUCACCGUCUCCACUGCAGUCCCGUCGAUGUGGAUAGGGGCGUGCUCCCUCUGCUGUCUCCUGAAGUCCAAUAUCAGCUCCUUUGUUUUGUUGACAUUGAGGGAGAGGUUAUUUUCCUGGCACCACUCCGCCAGCGCCCUCACCUCCUCCCUGUAGGCUGUUUCGUCAUUGUUGGUAAUCAGGCCUACUACUGUUGUGUCGUCUGCAAACUUGAUGAUUGAGUUGGAGGCAUGCGUGGCCACUCAGUCAUGGGUGAACAAAGAGUACAGGAGGGGGCUGAGCACGCACCCUAGUCGGGCCCAUGUGUUAAGGAUCAGUGUAGUGGAGGUGUUGUUUCCUACCUUCACCACCUGGGGGCGGCCUGUCAGGAAGUCCAGGACCCAGUUGCACAGGGCGGGGUUCAAACCCAGGGCCCCGAGCUUAAUGAUGAGCGUGGAGGGUACUAUGGUGUUGAAGGCUGAGCUAUAGUCAAUGAACAGCAUUCCUACAUAGGUAUUCCUCUUGUCCAGGUGGGAUAGGGCAGUGUGCAGUGUGAUGGCGAUUGCAUCGUCUAUGGAUCUAUUGGGGCGGUAUGCAAAUUGAGUGGGUCUAGGGUGUCCGGUAAGGUGGAGGUGACAUGAUCCUUAACUAGCCUCUCAAAUCACUUCAUGAUGACAGAAGUGAGUGCUACGGAGAGAUAGUCAUUUAGUUCAGUUACCUUUGCUUUCUUGGGUACAGGAACAAUGGUGGACAUCUUGAAGCAAGUGGGACAGCAGACUGGGAUAGGGAGAGAUUGAAUAUGUCCGUAAACAUUCCAGCCAGCUGGUCAGCGCAUGCUCUGAGGACGCGGCUAGGGAUGCUGUCUGGGCCGGCAGCCUUGCGAGGGUUAACACGGUUAAAUGUCUUAUUCACCUCGGCGAGAGCCCACAGUCCUUGGGAGCGGGCCACGUUGGUGGCACUGUGUUAUCCUCAAAGCAGGCGAAGAACGUGUUUAGCUUGUCCUGGAGCAAGAUGCCGGUGUCCGUGAUGUGGCUGGUUAACCCUUUGUAAUCUGUUAACCAUAUUCCCAAUCACCUUGCUGUGGUUAAAUGCGGUGGUUUGCGAUUUCAGUUAUGUGCAAAUGCUGCCAUCCAUCCACGUUUUUUGGUUUGGGUAGGUUUUAAUAGUCACAGUGGGAACAACAUCCCCUAUACACUUCCUGAUUAACUCAGUCACCGUGUCCACAUAUACGUCAAUGUUAUUCUCAGAGGCAACCCGGAAUAUAUCCCAGUCCGCGUGAUCAAAACAAUCUUGAAGCAUGGAUUCCUAUUGGUCAGACCAGCGUUGAAUAGACCUUAGCUCGGGUACUUCCUGUUUGAGUUCCUGCCUAUAGGAAUGGAGUAGCAGAAUGGAGUCGUGAUCUGAUUUGCCGAAGGGAAGGCGGGGGAGGGCCUUGUAGCCAUCCCGGAAGGGGCAGUAACAAUGGUUGAGAGUUUUUGAAGGGCGAGUACUGCAGGCAAUGUGUUGAUAGAACUUCAGUAGCUACAAUAUCCCCAGCUACAAUAAAUGUGGCCUCAGGAUAUGUUAUUUCCAGUUUGCACAAAGUCCAGUGUAGUUCCUUGAGGGCCGUCGUGGUAUCGGCUUGAGGGGGAAUAUACACGACUGUGACUAUAACCAAAGAUAAUUAUCUUGGAAGGUAGUACGGUUGGCAUUUAAUUGUGAGGUAGUCUAGGUCGGGUGAACAAAAGGACUUGAGUUCCUGUACGUUAUCACAAUCACACCAUGAGUAGUUAAUCAUGAAACAUACACCACCGCCUUUCUUCUUCUCUGAGAGUUCUUUAUUCCUGUCUGCGCGAUGUACUGAGAACCCAGCUGACUGUAUGGAUGGGGAGAGAGCCAUGAUUCCGUGAAACAGAGUAUGUUACAGUCCCUGAUGUCUCUCUGGAAGGAUAUUUCAGUUAUCCCGUGAGAGCUUUUAUGCCGAACCCACUAAGGUGUUUUAGAUGCUAAGCAUAUGGUCAUGUUGCAGCAGUGUGUAGGAAGAUUCCGAGAUGUGAGAAGUGUGCAUGAGGGCAUGGGAAAAAGGAAUGUGUAGUAUCGGUAGAAACAACUGUGUGUGUCAGUUGUGGGGGUGCCCAUGUUGCUGGGGAUCAGAAGUGUCCAGUUUGAGAGAGACAGGUUGAGGUUGCCAGGGUCAGAGUAGAACAGAAGGUGUCGUAUGCUGAGGCAAUGAAGAGAGUAGAGGAUGAUGGGUCAAGGGUGAGUAGUAGUCCUAGGCCAAUACAGAGUGAUACAAAUUUGUGCUUCAGUAAGGUUGGCUCCUUAGCAUUCAUUGCUAUGGUUAUCAACUGUACCGCAGCAAUGGAAUGUAAAUCAAAGAGAAUAGAUGUGGUGAUGGCAGCUGCAGAGAAGUACUUGGGUGUAUGAGGUUUUACUGCAGAGUUACAAGGUGUGUUGAUCGAAAGAGUCCCAUCCUCCCAGGCCGUCAGGUUGGUGUAGGAUCAGUUAGGGUCAAAGUAGUGGAAUGUUUUUUUUUUUUAUUGUAUUUUAUUUGUAAUUAUUAUUAUUAUUUAUUUAAAAUAGUGGUAUAUAGGUGUAGGGUUAGAUGGUAGUGCAAUUAUUUUUAUUUUCCCCCUUCCAUUUUAUUUUAUUAUUACAAAGUGUAACGUGAUCAGUAGGUGGCGGCAUGCACAAACAAAUGUGCGAACGCCAUGGUACCAAAGAAGAAGAAGAGUUAUCCUCCUUCUCGCCCCCAACCCAACCCAACCUCAAACCUGGCCGAUUGUUGUACGAACACGACGAUAAAAUACUUACUACAACUUCUCGAAUAUUUUAUUCAUUUCUCGAUAGCUUCUACUAUAAAACAGUAGUCAUAGUGCGAAUCGUUAUCGUUUUAAGGCUACCAAUUGACAUAGCUUUUCAAGAUUCCUUUGAACUUGUAACUGUACAUGGUAGGCUAUUACAAUGUUUUGCCGAAAUCAGGUGUCGAGAACCACGAUAGCAAGGGGAUCAGCAUUGGAUCUGGAAAUACGACGACGUGGGCAUUUCAACACUCUUACGGAAACGGCACAGGUGAGUGGAGAGGUAACGUUUCGCCACACAAAGCGAUCCUCCCGGCCUGUGAGAGUGCAUUAUACCAUAUUUUCCUGUUUUCUGCUGUUGAUACGGUGUAUUUGGGUUCUCUAUGAUAAAUUGGAUCACCAUAAUCAGGCUAUUUGAAAUAAGUAAUGUGCUCUGUUCAUGACAACUAUAGCGUAAAGGGGCAACUCGCAUUUGAAACAAUAACAAAGUGCACCCCGCCCCUGUUUUGGUAAUUAAAAAAACUCAGGGAUGGGCCUGGAGAAAUGUUACACUCAUAAAUUCAUAGACAGCGGUAUUGAUGAAAGGACUGACCAUCCAAUAUAUCAAAGUUAUAGCUCUGAUGGGGUAUGACAGUUGAACUUAGCUCAGGAGGUAUUUAUAAGGAACAUUCUUCAAGAAUCAAUUAGUGUAUAUCAUUCAUUUAUAAGUCCCCCAAAAAUGUAUGUAGCAAAUGCGGAUUGCCCCUUUAAUGAUAACACUUUUUUCCCUUGAUACAAUGCCAUAGCACACAGGAAAUGACCAAAAACCUAAAUGAUUCUCAGGACUCGUGAAAUGACUCAUGCAUGAGUAAUCUAGUUGGAAUGUACAUAUUGCUUCCUGGCCUUCAAAUUAUGUAACAGAAACUCCUUAAGUCACUAAUAAGAGGUGAUAAGAUUAUUGAAAUAAUAUAUAGUUAAUAUACAGAUUAUCUUUCUCCCCAUUCUUCCCUCCCAUGGGAAAUGCAACCCUUUCACAAGCAUUUACUCUGACAUGAUGGCAUUCUUUAUCCGAGCUCUUUGCCCUCUACUCUGUAUACUUGGCACAGCCAGAUUUCUUAUCAGACUCAUUUAACACUUUUAUUAGAUGCAUAAAAAUGUGGAAUGUUUUUUCAGACUCACAGAAUCAACUGAUUACAUUAUAAAGUCACCAACCAAGACUAGACCAAGGGGCAUCUGCAGGUGAAUUGAAGAAUAGACGGAGGGGAGAAGGAGAUAUAGAGAGAAGAUGGGAGAGGAAGAGUUGACACCCCAACACACACACACACACACACACAGACACACACCUGACCUAACGCCAGGGAGUGGGAGGAGAGCAGACCAGACCAGACGGUGACUCUAUCAUUGCUCAAGUGACGCAAGUCCAGACAGCUCCAGUGUGUAGAUUUGUCACAGUGAAUGAGUGAUCCAUAACUUCUGUUAAUUCUAUAACUAUGCGGUCAGUCUCAAACAAUGACUGUUCUGUCUGAGUGCAGCGUGGGGUUUUCCUUGGAUACUGCUCAGUGGGUCGUGGCCUGCGAUUGGGGAAACUACCCUGUAUCCUCCUGUGUAGUAAGCCUAAUAUUGACCAAAUCAUGACCGUCCAUGUGUAAUGUCCACAAGUUGGUUGCUGGCUCAAUUAUUUUUGGGUCACGGCUUAAGACAUGGGUCUUGGUUAAGAACAUUGGUUUGGUUCAAAUGUAGCUGAAAACUACAGUAUGAGAAAACAUAUGGGAACCACUCAUCCAGAGGUUUUGCGUGGAUCAUAGAUAAUCCUAGCCCAAUAUUGGACUAAAGGAGCCUAACGUUACUCCUUAGUCCAAGGACCUUACAUGUUCUGUUUAAAGGGAGAGUUGGCUCUGGAAGCCAAAACAGCCAAAUACUCCAUCCAAUUGCUGUACGGUUCUCAAAACAAGUCCCUCUACCUUCAUAUCACAUCAAAAUAAUUUCACAGAUGCAAAAUAUACACUUACUGUACACUGUUUUAACUGGUUUCACCGCAGACAGUAUUUUUCGGUGACAACACGUUUGUGGUGUCUGCCUUCCGUUUACACACAGGUGUUUGGAGACUCAGAUAGCUAGCUAAUUAGCACAGGUAGUCCACUCUGUCUUCCAUCUGUUUUCCAUAAACAAGCGCUCAAACAUGGAAAUAUGGCUGUGUUGGAACCCUAACCAUAUUAAGGUGUGUAUCAGUUUAACCUUUCGUUUUUGAAAAUGAUUGCUUGCUGAUAUGAAAGGUAUGGUCCUUAUGCUUCCAAAACCAUACCGCAAGCAGUGCGUGUUAAUGUUCAGACCGAGCGUUGCGGCUCUUAACAAAACUCCCCCGUACAGAAGACGUCUUUGUCCAAUGACUCUUGUGUGUAAUGUAAUGGAACAGAGAGUCAUGAUCAACGGCUAAAAUAAUCCCUGACCUGUCCUCCUGUGCAGUUGACUGACCUAAGAUCAGUAGGCCAGAGUGAACUAGCUCUACCACACAUUAACACCUCUAUGUAGUGCUGCAGCUCCCAACAUCAGAUUGGACAUUAUUUCAUUGGGUUUUUACUGACUAGUAACCCACUAGGCAGUCCAAACCCUUUAUACAUUAUUGGCCCCAACCCUCCCCCUCUGGAGCUGAAUAGAUUUGACAAUGCUGUCACACUAUGCAUAGUCAAUAUCUGAGGUCCGUAACCAUGUGCUCUAUGAACAACUGUAAGAAAGGCCAUUGGAUAUAGUACAAAACAGUCCAGGAGAGGGCACUGUUUUCUCAAAUGUACUAAGGCAUAUUACAGUACAGUACAUGCAAAUAGUUGAAUAAUACUACCAGUCUGAGCCAUGAUAAAAUCUGCAUGCUGACAAUAAGUCAGAGCUGCAUAUGGUGUUAAGAUAUCUGUUUAUAUGACAUAUGACUAUAGCCUGUAUAUUACAUGUUGUCACGUAAAGCUCAUCCAGGUAUUACGUUAAUCUUCCCAGAGGUGGGACUAGUCUGGGACUUGAAAUAACAAGGCAUACUAAUCCAUUUAAAAUCCCUGCCUCCACUCCCUGUUGACUGGACCUUCUCUCGUCUCUCUGGCUGACUGACUGUAGCUUUAAUAACUCCGAAACUAGACUGUACUGGAUGCUCUGUAUUAUAACACUGGUGAAGUCAUUCAUAAAGUAGAGAGUGGAGCUUUAUGAGGGACUGAGGAACAUGAACAUCUUUGAAAAUGACCAGGUGAGUGUACAGAACAGUGUUGGUACAGUGGCAGCACCAGACCUUUUUACUAAGGACCUUUUUACUAAGGGGUAGCUUGGUCGUUGCGUAAGGAUGCUUGUAAUAUAUGGUGUACAUGCGUGAAUAUACUAAUACAAUCUUUGUCAGGAGCGCCCAUCAUCAUGUAUUUAGGAUCAUGUAUUUAUGUAUGUACAUCAAUCGUGAAGAAUCUGAUUAAUGUAUUGGAAGGAAUAUGGAGUCUAGUUGGAGUUUGGGCUGUGUAGACACCUAUUAGAAGGCAAAUUGGGUCUGGAUAGGAAUAAUUAUGUUUCUUAUGUUUCUGUACAGAUAUGGUAAUCAGGGACUCUUUGUCAGGUGUGCUACAUCCUGGUAGGGAACUGUUAGAUGUUAGAGGGAAGAGACGUCAGACAUGACACAGUUCAUUUGGAUAUGCUUGGACAAAUUAUUUGUAGACUUUAUUACUGUCACAUGGGGAUUUUGUUGAUCAAUCAAAUCAAAUCUAAUUUUAUUUGCCACAUGCGCCGAAUACAACAGGUGUAGACAUUACCGUGAAAUGCUUACUUACAGCCCUUAACCAACAAUGCAUUUAUUGUUUCAUAAAAAAGUAAAAUAAAACAACAACAACAAAAAAGUGUUGAGGGGAAAAAAAGAGCAGAAGUAAAAUAAAAUAACAGUAGGGAGGCUAUAUACAGGGGGGUACCGGUGCAGAGUCAAUGUGCAGGGGCACCGGCUAGUUGAGGUAAUAUGUACAUGUGGGUAGAGUUAAAGUGACUAUGCAUAAAUAAUUAAGAGUACCAGCAGCAUAAAAAGAUGGGGUGGGGGCAAUGCAAAUAGUCCGGGUAGCCAUGAUUAGCUGUUCAGGAGUCUUAUGGCUUGGGGGUAGAAGCUGUUGAGAAGCCUUUUGGACCUAGACUUGGCGCUCCGGUACCGCUUGCCGUGCGGUAGCAGAGAGAACAGUCUAUGACUAGUGUGGCUGGAGUCUUUGACAAUUUUGAGGGCCUUCCUCUGACACCGCCUGGUAUAGAGGUCCUGGAUGGCAGGAAGCUUGGCCCCAGUGAAGUACUGGGCCGUAUGCACUACCCUCUGUAGUGCCUUGCCGUCGGAGGCCGAGCAGUUGCCAUACCAGGCGGAGAUGCAACCAGUCAGGAUGCUCUCGGUGUUGCAGCUGUAUAACUUUUUGAGGAUCUGAGGACCCAUGCCAAAUGUUUUCAGUCUCCUAAGGGGGAAUAGGCUUUGUCGUGCCCUCUUCACGACUGUCUUGGUGUGUUUGGACCAUGAUAGUUCAUUGGUGAUGUGGACACCAAGGAACUUGAAGCUCUCAACCUGUACCACUACAGCCCCGUCGAUGAGAAUGGGGGCGUUGAGGGAGAGGUUGUUAUCCUGGCACCACACGGCCAGGUCUCUGUCCUCCUCCCUAUAGGCUGUCUCAUCGUUGUCGGUGAUCAGGCCUACCACUGUUGUGUCGUCGGCAAACUUAAUGAUGGUGUUGGAGUCGUGCCUGGCCAUGCAGUCAUGGGUGAACAGGGAGUACAGGAGGGGACUGAGCACGCACCCCUGAGGGGCCCCCGUGUUGAGGAUCAGCGUGGCAGAUGUGUUGUUACCCACCCUUACCACCUGGAGGCGGCCCGUCAGGAAGUCCAGGAUCCAGUUGCAGAGGGAGGUGUUUAGUCCCAGGAUCCUUAGCUUAUUGAUGAGCUUUGAGGGCACUAUGGUAUUGAACACUGAGCUGUAGUCAAUGAAUAGCAUUCUCACGUAGGUGUUCCUCUUGUCCAGGUGGGAAAGGGCAGUGUGGAGUGCAAUAGAGAUUGCAUAAUCUGUGGAUCUGUUGUGGCGGUAUGCAAAUUAAGUUGGGUCUAGGGUUUCUGGGAGAAUGGUGUUGAUGUGAGCCAUGACCAGCCUUUCAAAGAACUUCAUGGCUACAGACGUCAGUGCUACGGGUCGGUAGUCAUUUAGGCAGGUUCUUAGUGUCCUUGGGCACGGGGACUAUGGUGGUCUGCUUGGAACAUGUUGGUAUUAUAGACUCAGUCAGGGACAUGUUGAAAAUGUCAGUGAAGACACUUGCCAGUUGGUCAGCACAUGCUUGGAGUACAUGUCCUGGUAAUCCGUCUGGCCCUGCGGCCUUUUGAAUGUUGACCUGCUUAAAAGUCUUACUCACAUCGGCUACGGUGAGCGUGAUCACAUAGUCAUCCGGAACAGCUGGUGCUCUCAUGCAUGCUUCAGUGAUGCUUGCCUCGAAGGGAGCAUAGAAGUUACACUGAACUGAAGGUUAAUGGGAUCUAUCCAUGCUUACAGAAACAUAACAUACCAUUGAGGGUUAUGGUAAAAAAUACUUGAAUUAAAUGACGUAGCAGCACAAAGCAUGAUCAUUAAUCUCCUCCAAUCUUAACCUGGCUUGAAUGUGUGUAGAGUUAAACCAAUGCUGCAACAAAACCUAAAACAAUACAGCAUAAGUCACAUGGCUAGAUAAUGUGAGCACAUUUUGUACCACAAGGUAUUGUUUUGGCAGUUUGAUCUGAUUAAUUUAUCCUGCCUGGUACCAAUGCCCCCCCCCCCCCCCUCCCCCAAACCCUGAUACUUUAGCUGGGUUGUUCCAUGUCAUUUCAGCAAGCCAUGACACCCACCACAGAUAAGAUUAACAUUCCUGCAACAUUAUUUUGCUGAAAUAUAAUUCAGCUAAUUCAUUGCACCCAAAUUGGCAAUUUUAAUUUAUAGGAUUCAUAUAAUAUUCAACAAUUAUAAUACCCUGAACAAAAAUAUACACUCAAAAUGCAACAAUUUCAGAGAUUCUACUGAGUUACAGUUCAUAUAUUGAAAUCAGUCAAUUUAAAUAAAUUAAUGAAUGCCUUAUCUAUGGAUUUCACAUGACUGGGAAUAAAGAUAUGCAUCUGUUGGUCGUGGAUCAGAAAACCAGUCAGUAUCUGGUGUAACCACCAUUUGCUUCAUGCAGCGCGACACAUCUCCUUUGCAUAGAGUUGAUCGCUGUUGAUUGUGGCCUGUGGAAUGUUGCCCCACUAUUCUUCAAUGGCUGUGCAAAGUUGUGGAUAUUGUUGGGAACUGGAACAUGCUGUUGUAAAUGUUGUUCCAGAGCAUACCAAACAUGCUCAAUGGGUGACAUGUCUGGUGAGGAUGCAGGCCAUGGAAGAACUGGAACAUUUUCAGCUUCCAGGAAUUGUGUACAGAUCAUUGCGAUAUGGGGCCAUGCAUUAUCAUGCUGAAACAUAAGAUGAUUGCGGUGGAUGAAUGGCACGACAAUGGGCCUCAGGAUCUCGUCACAGUAUCUCUGUGCAUUCAAAUUGCGUAGCUCAUGCCUGCCAAUACCAUAACCCCACCGCCACAAUGAAGCACUCUGUUCACAACGUUGACAUCAGCAAACUGCUCAUCCACACAACCCCAUACAUGCUGUCUGCCAUCUGCCUGGUAUAGUUGAAACCGGGAUUCAUCUGUGAAGAGCACACCUCCAGCGUGCCAUUGUCCAUCGAUGUUGAGCAUUUGCCCACUGAAGUCGGUUAUGACGCCAAACUGCAGUCAGGUCAAGACCCUGGUGAGGACGAAGAGCACGCAGAUAAACUUCCCUGGGAUGGUUUCUGACAGUUUGUGGAGAAAUACUUCGGUUAUGCAAACCAACAGUUUCAUCAGCUGUCUGGGUGGCUGGUCUCAGACGAUCCUGCAGUUGAAGAAGACUGAUGUGGAGGUCCUGGGUUGGCAUGGUUACACUUGUUCUGCUGUUGCGAGGCCGGUUGAAUGUACUGCCAAAUUCUCUAAAAUGAUGUUGAACAUUUUUCUCUGGCAACAGCUCUGGUGGACAUUCCUGCAGUCAGCAUGCCAAUUGCACACUCCCUCAAAACUUGAGACAUCUGUGGCAUUGUGUUGUGUGACAAAACUGCACAUUUUUAAGUGGCCUUUUAUUGUCCCCGGCACAAGGUGCACCUGUGUAAUGAUCAUGCCGUUUAAUCAGCUUCUUGAUAUGCCACGCAUGUCAGGUGGAUGGAUUAUCUUGGCAAAGGAGAAAUUCUCACUAACAGGGAUGUAAACACAUUUUUGCCAACAUUUGAGAGAAAUAAUACUGACAAAAAUGCCCUCAUUUGUUGUAUGAUUUGGAAAUGCUGGAACUGGGCCAUGAAAGUUUCUAAAAGAAGGAACAUUUAUUUGGGCUGCAAUUUCUGAGGCUGGUAUCUCUAAUUAACUUAUCCUCUGCAGCAGAGGUAACUCUGGGUAUUCCAUUCCUGUGGCGGUCCUCAUGAGAGCCUGUUUCAUCAUAGCGCUUGAUGGUUUUUGCGACUGCACUUGAAGAAACGUUCAAAGUUCUUGAAAUGUUCCGUAUUGACUGACCUUCAUGUCUUAAGUAAUGAUGGACUGUCGUUUCUCUUUGCUUAUUUGAGCUGUUCUUGACAUAAUAUGGACUUGGUCUUUUACCAAAUAGGGCUAUCUUCUGUAUACCCCCCUACCUUGUCACAACACAACUGAUUGGCUCAAACGCAUUAAGGAAAGAAAUUCCACAAAUUAACUUUUAACAAGGCACACCUGUUAAUUGAAAUGCAUUCCAGGUGACUACCUCAUGAAGCUGGUUGAGAGAAUGCCAAGAGUGUGCAAAGCUGUCAUCAAGGCAAAGGGUGGCUAUUUGAAGAAUCUCAAAUAUAAAAUAUAUUUUGAUUUGUUUAACACUUUUUGGGUUACUACAUGAUUCCAUAUGUGUUAUUUCAUAGUUUUGAUGUCUUCACUAUUAUUCUACAAUGUAGAAAAUGGUAAAAAUAAUGAAAAACCCUUGAAUGAGUAGGUGUGUCCAAACUUUUGACUGGUAGUGUAUGUACAAAUGGUAAUCACAGAUUGUCUGUUUAACCCAAGAUGCUAUUUUGACCGGGUCUUUCAGAGUGGACAUUCCUGCAGUCAGCAUGACAAUUGCACCCUCCCUCAACUUGAGACAUCUGUGGCAUUGUGUUGUGUGACAAAACUGCACAUUUUAGAGUGGCCUUUUAUUGUCCUCAGCACAAGGUGCACCUGUGUAAUGAUCAUGCUGUUUAAUCAGCUUCUUGAUAUGCCACACCAGUCAGGUGGAUGGAUUAUCUUGGCAAAGGAGAAAUGCUCACUAACAGGGAUGUAAAUAAAUAGCACAAAACUUAAGAGAAAUAAGCUUUUUGUGCAUAUGGAAAAUGUCUGGGAUUUUUUAUUUCAGCUCAUGAAACAUGGGACCAACACUUUACAUGUUGCAUUUAUAUUGUUGUUCAGUGUAGUAGUAGUAAUAAUAAUAAUACUUAUUAUUAUUUGGUGGGUACUUAUUUGUCCUAUUUCACACAUGUACAAGUGUGUAUUAUACACAUGUGAAUUGGAAAUAUGUUUUUUGCAUAUCCCAACUCCCUCUGAGACACCCUCAGACAGUGGGGUCAUGGCCAAUAAAUAUAGUACCAAACAUCCUAUUUGGACCGAUCUUCCUAACAACAAAUAUGCCAAAUGUUUUAGGGGGAAACUGCUGAAAGUGAUGAUAUCACAAUCCAACUCUUAGUGGGCUGCAGGAUGACCCUGAUGCAGAAAACUGGGACAAGAUCACUCUUAUGACUUAAAUGACGUUGUAUACCCAGGAAAUGUUUCACACUUUUCACCUAAUAGCAGGAAUGGCAUCAUCUAGGGGUCAGAACCUGGUAAUAUCAGGAUGUCUGAUGGGACAUAAAUCUAACUACUUCAAAGACACAUUUCUCUGAACAGUUGGAAAAAACAUCACCACAUUCACUGGGAAUACAUUACAUAACAUGAAGAAACAAUAGUCAGAGCUGCAGCUCCAUACUACUUGUCAGACAUAGAGAACUGAUACUGUGUACUUGUUGGGGUGGGAUAGGCGGGGGUGUGGGGCUUCCGUGGGAGGCUUUUUACUUUUUUGGGAUUCCUCAUGUCUUAUUGAUUGUAAAGAAAAGGUUUGGCCCAAAUCGAAUGUUAGGUACUAUAUUUAUUGAAUAUUAUAUGAAUCCUAUAAAUUAAAAUGGCCAAUUUGGGAGCAAUCAAUUAUCUUAAUAUCUCAGAGAUCAGAUUAUAUUCCAACAGGAAUGCUCAUUUUAUAUUUUUCUAACUACAGAAACAAUUUCAGAAAAAUCUGAGAUGGUGGGUGUCAAUCCUAUUUCAUGUGCUUUUUGAAGUGGAAAUACCGAGCUGCUUGUUUGUCUAGGGUUUCUGGUAAGCAGGACAGAAUAGAUCCUUACUGCCCUCAUCCUCCUGACUGGGCCUGGUCCAAGACCUCUGACUUCUGUUGUGUUGAGAGCUGUUGUAUGAUUCACAGUUAUAUAUGGCAUUGUUGAAUGUGGAGGAAGGGUCACUUAGCUGUACACAAUCCCAUAGUAGUUGAUUAGUAAAUCAGAGCUGAGCCACUCUAUCCAUCUCUAUCCUUUCUCUAAUCUUUCUCUCCCUAUCGUUCCUUCUCUCCUCUCUCUCACUCUGAACCACUCAGGACGGUGAGGUGCAGCGUCAGAUAGACCGCGAGGUGCGGAUGCGUGAGGGGGCCAGUAAGCUGCUGGCUGCGUGCUCCCAGAGAGACCAGGCCCUGGAGGCCUCCAAGAGCCUGCUCACUUGCAACACCCGCAUCCUGGCCCUGCUCAGCCAGUUGCAGAGGAUGAGGGAGGCCCAGGUCCUGCAGAGAGUAGGCCGCAGGUAGGAGAGAGAGAGGGGGUGGGUGGGGGCGGUUUGCUGUCAUAUGUAUUUAGAAAAUAAAUAAAUGGAUGGGUGAAUGGAGGAACAGAUGGAAGGAUAAAUGAGCUCCACUCUGUUCUCCGCUGCAGGUCCUCUAUUGGUGGGUCACUGGAUGAGAGGCUGCCCUGCAUGGGUAAUGUGGCGAUCUCAGGUGAGUGUGUACACAUGCACACACAGACACCAACAGAUACAGGAAGGAAUACUCUAUCUGACAGAAAUAGCUCAUUCUCUCUCUCGCUGUCCCUCUAUUCCUCAAUCCAUCCAUUCUCCCCUCUUCCUCUUCCACUCUAGACCUGCGUAUCCCACUCAUGUGGAAAGACUCAGAGUACUUCAAGAACAAAGGAGGUGAGUCCCAUAUAACUUUAAUGGUGCUGUCACUAAGCCUGUCAUGACAACACAUCAUGUGGUCAUGCCUAGAAUCACAGGAUUCUUUGGGAUUAAAUCGGUGCUCCUCGACAUCGGUCAUGAACAUCUCGCAUCCAAUAACAACAUUAGGCAAUAAUAGCACUUGAUAGCAUCUAGCUCCUAACAAUAAUGUUUGAAUUGAAUGGAACAGCUACUGGAAACCCUAGGGUUAGAUUAGAAUGCAAAUGGUGCAUAUUGAGAGAGUUGAGUCUCUAUUGGCUAUUUGUAUUUAAGUGUACCCGGCCGGUACUUCAUCAGAGUUUCAUUUGAGUCAUAGCUCUCCCACCACUACCAGGGUGGCCUGAGUACAUACAUUCCAUUGAUGGAGUAAAUCCAAGGUCUCAAUCUAUAAUCCUGUCUAAACCAGUUACGUGGCUAAUCCAUGCAGAUGAUAUGACUCGUGCAUGUGGGGUCAGCGCAUGCUAUGCACCGCCUCCUGUUUGUUUCUAAAAACACUUGUAUAAUCGUGGCUCCUCUCAGAGCUACAACUGAAAUCAGGUCAGAUUUAGAGGUCACACGGGUUAAUCCUGUAAAGUUGAAGUUAUUGGACUUUUACCUAGCCUACUCUCACUACCUUCUCACUAUUUUUCUGCCAUCUCUGUCCUGUUUUCUUUCUGCUCUCUCUGCCCAUCUUCCUUUCUCUAAACUCCAUCCUCCCCAUCACCCACUCUAUCCAUCUCCAUUCUUUCUCUAUCUAUCUUGCUCUUCUCUCUCUCUUGCUCUCGCUCUCUUUCAGAGCUGCAUCGCUGUGCUGUGUUCUGUCUGCUCCAGUGUGGCAGAGAGAUCUAUGACACAGACCUGGUGAUGGUGGACAGGACUUUGACUGACAUCUGCUUCGAGGACACCAUCAUAUUGCAAGUGGCUGCUCGAGUUGCUCUCAUUUUGUCUACCUAACAUAUGAUGUAGCAUUUUGUCUGUGGUUUUAAUAUUUGCUUCAGUUUAAUGAUGUUAUUUGUGUGUAAUUCUGUAUUUUACUAUGUCCAUGUCUCUUUGUUAAUAUUUGUUGCUGUAUUCAUCUGUGUACGUGUGUGGGUUCCUGUAUAUGAUCCAGUAAGGAGGCGAGCCCGUGCUUUGAGCUCCGUGUGGAGCUGUACAGUACCUGUGUGGUGGAGGACUUUUCUCCGGGCCCAGGGGCACUAGGACCCAGGAGACUGAACCGCCUCAGCAGCUCCCUGGGCUGCACCUCUGGGAGGAGGAUCAGGGCAGCUCUGGAGUCUGCAGCCUGUGGUACCAUACCCAACGUAGAGGGAGGCGAUGGAGGAGGGUCUCCACCAUCUCUGCUGCCUGCUCUCUGUACACAGUGAGUGUUGAUGUAGCAGCUGCACAUACACACACACACACACACACACGCAUGAUACACACACACAACUGGAAUCACAUGCAACGAUGAUACACAUAAUGUCAACUCAAACUUGCACACAAGUCCUCAAAUAUGCAUACUUAGUGGCUUGCGAAAGUAUUCACCCCCCUUGGCAUUUUUCCUAUUUUGUUGCCUUACAACCUGGAAUUCAAAUGGAUUUUUUUGGGUUUUGUAUCAUUUGAUUUACACAACCUGCCUACCACUUUGAAGAUGCAAAAUAUUAUUGGUGUGAAACAAACAAAGAAAUAAGACCGAAAAAAGAACUUGAGUGUGCAUAACUAUUCACAACCCCCAAGGUCAAUACUUUGUAGAGUCACCUUUUGCAGCAGUUACAGCUGUAAGUCUCUUGGGGUAUGUCUCUAUAAGCUUGGCACAUCUAGCCACUGGGAUUUUUGCCCAUUCUUCAAGGCAAAACUGCUUCAGCUCCUUCAAGUUGGAUGGGUUCCACUGGUGUACAGCAAUCUUUAAGUCAUACCACAGAUUCUCAAUUGUAUUGAGGUCUGGGCUUUGACUAGGCCAUUCCAAGACAUUUUAAAUGUUUCCCCUUAAACCACUAAAGUGUUGCUUUAGCAGGAUGCUUAGGGUCAUUUUCCUGCUGGAAGGUGAACCUCCGUCCCAGUCUCAAAUCUCUGGAAGACUGAAACAGGUUUCCCUCAAGAAUUUCCCUGUAUUUAAUGCCAUCCAUCAUUCCUUCAAUUCUGACCAGUUUCCCAGUCCCUGCCAAUGGAAAGAAAUCCCCACAGCCUGAUGCUGCCACCACCAUGGCGUUCUCGGGUGAUGAGAGGUGUUGGGUUUGCGCCAGACAUAGCGUUUUCCUUGAUGGCCAAAAAUAAAAAUUUUAGUCUCAUCUGACCAGAGUACCUUCUUCCAUAUGUUUGGGGAGUCUCCCACAUGCGUUUGGCGAACACCAAACGUGUUUGCUUAUUUUUUUCUUUAAGCAAUGGCUUUUUUCUGGCCACUCUUCCGUAAAGCCCAGCUCUGUGGAGUGUACAGCUUAAAGUGGUCCCAUGGACAGAUACUCCAAUCUCCGCUGUGGAGCUUUACAGCUCCUUCAGGGUUAUCUUUGGUCUCUUUGUUGCCUCUGAUUAAUGCCCUCCUUGCCUGGUCCGUGAGUUUUGGUGGGCGGCCCUCUCUUGGCAGGUUUGUUGUGGUGCCAUAUUCUUUCCAUUUUUUUAAAUAAUGGAUUUAAUGGUGCUCCGUGGGAUGUUCAAAGUUUCAGAUAUUUUUUUAUAACCCAACCCUGAUCUGUACUUCUCCACAACUUUGUCCCUGACCUGUUUGGAGAGCUCCUUGGUCUUCAUGGUGCCGCUUGCUUGGUGGUGCCCCUUGCUUAGUGGUGUUGCAGAGUCUGGGGCCUUUCAGAACAGGUGUAUAUAUACUGAGAUCAUGUGACACUUAGAUUGCACACAGGUGGACUUUAUUUAACUAAUUAUGUGACUUCUGAAGGUAAUUGGUUGCACCAGAUCUUAUUUAGGGGCUUCAUAGCAAAGGGGGUGAAUACAUAUGCACGCACCACUUUUCCAUUAUUACUUUUUUUGAAUAUUUUGAAAAAAGUAAUUUUUUUCAUUUCACUUCACCAAUUUGGACUAUUUUGUGUAUGUCUAUUACAUGAAAUCCAAAUAAAUAUCCAUUUAAAUUACAUGUUGUAAUGCAACAAAAUAGGAAAAACGCCAAGGGGGAUGAAUACUUUUGCAAGGCACUGUACAUGCAGUACAUUCCGACGAACUGUUGAUUGUGUGUGGUGUCUGUCUGCAGGGGGCCAAAGUAUCACCUUCUGGCCCACACCACACUGAAAAUGGCACAUGUUCAGGACAGCUUCAGAACACACGACCUGUCCAUAUCAGCCACAGGUGAGCGGCGACUCCUCUCCUUUCGCCGUAUACUGUACUUGUAUAGCAAGCAACAGACUCAUUAACCCAUUGUGUUCCAGAGGACAAUGCAUUCUGGCUGCCUCUCUAUGGCAGUUUGUGUUGCCGUCUGGCCGCCCAGCCCCUCUGUAUGACCCAGCAUGUUAUCAGCGGCAGGCUCAAGAUCAAGGUGAGUUAACUCUUCAUCAUCGUCAUUAGUAUCACACCCACCAUCAUCAUUCGCAUCAUUUGUUUAAUCAUCCUAAUCCUCAGCUUUAGUAUGAUCAUUAGUGUCGUAAUUACAGUGCAUUCAGAAUGUCUUCAUACCCCAAUACUUUUUCCACAUUUUGUUAUGUUUCAGCCUUAUUCUAAAAUGGAUGUAAUCGUUUUUUCCCCUCAUCAAUCUACACACAAUACCCUAUAAUGAGAAAGCAAAAAUAGGUUUUUAGAUUUUUUGCAAAUGUAAUAAAAAAAUUAUGAAACAUUUACAUACGUUUUCAGACCCUUUACUCAGUACUUUGUUGAAGCACCUUUGGCAGCGAUUACAGCCUAGAGUCUUCUUGGGUAUGACGCUACAAGCUUGGCACACCUGUAUUUGGGGAGUUUCAUCCAUUCUUCUCUGCAGAUCCUCUCAAGCUCUGUCGGGUUGGAUGGGGAGCGUCGCUGCACAGCUAUUUUCAGGUCUCUCCAGAGAUGUUCGAUCGGGAUCAAGUCCGAGCUCUGGCUGGGCCACUCAAGGACAUUCAGAGACUUGUCCUGAAGCAACUCCUGAGUUGUCUUUUUUUAGUCCUUUUUUAGCAGACGCUCUUAUCCAGAGGGACUUAGUUAGUGAGUGCAUACAUUUUCAUACUGGUCCCCCGUGGGAAUCGAACCCACAACCCUGGCGUUGCAAGCGCCAUGCUCUACCAACUGAGCUACACGGGCUGUGUGCUUAGGGUCGUUGUCCUGUUGGAAGGUGAACCUUCGCCCCAGUCUGAGAUCCUGAGCGUUCUGGAGCAGGUUUUCAUCAAGGAUCUCUCUGUACUUUUCUCCGUUCAUCUUUACCUCGAUCCUGACUAGUCUCCCAGUCCCUGCCGCUGAAAAACAUCCCCACAGCAUGAUGCUGCCACCACCUUGCGUCACCAUAGAGAUCGUGCCAUCUUUCCUCCAGACGUGACGCUUGGCAUUCAGGCCAAAUAGUUAAAUCAUGGUUUGUUCAGACCAGAGAAUUUUGUUUCUCAUGCUCUGAGUCCUUUAAGUGCCUUUUGGCAAAUUCCAAAAGGGCUGUCAUGUGCCUUUUACUGAGGAGUAGCUUCCGUCUGGCCAAUCUACCAUAAAGGCCUGAUUGGUGGAGUGCUGCAGAUAUGGUUGUCCAUCUGGAAGGUUCUCCUAUCUCCACAGAGGAACACUGGAGCUCUGCCAGACUGACAAUCGGGUUCUUGGUCACCUCCCUGACCAAGGCCCUUCUCCCCGAUUGCUCAGUUUGGCCGGGCGGCCAGCUCUAGGAAGAGUCUUGGUGGUUCCAAACUUCGUUUAAGAAUGAUGGAGGCCACUGUGUUCUUGGGGACCUUCAAUGCUGCAGAAAUGUUUUGGUACCCUUCCCCAGAUCUGUACCUCGACACAAUCCUGUCUCGGAGCUCUAUGGACAAUUCCUUCAACCUCUUGGCUUUGUUUUUGCUCUGACAUGGACUGUCAACUGUGGGACCUUAAAUAGACAGGUGUGUGCCUUUCCAAAUCAUGUCCAAUCAAUUGAAUUUACCACAGGUUGACUCCAAUCAAGUUGUAGAAACAUCUCAAGGAAGAUCAAUGGAAACAGGAUGCACCUGAACUCAAUUUCGAGUCUCAUAGCAAAGGGUCUGAAUACUUAUGUAAAUAACGUAUUUGUUUUUAUUUGAUGUCUAAACCUGUUUUCUCUUUGUCGUUAUGGGGUAUUGUGUGUAGAUUGAUGAGGAAAACAAUUAAUUUAAUCCAUUUUAGAAUAACACUGAAAACAUUACGAAUGCAUUGUAGUUUAGUCAAAUGCAUCGUUAUAAUCAUUCUUACCAUUCUCAUAAUCAGCUUGAGAUGGAGCCUGAGUGCUGGACCGACAUCUACGCUGUCCUCAGAGGGACAAGUCUUAUCUGUUACCACAGUCAAGAGAGGAUGGUGGCCCAAGAGGAGCCGUUAUUCACCAUCGCCAUCAACAAGGUUGAUUACUUAGCAUAUUCACACUCACAGUCAUCCAUAAACAUGCAGAGACUGACGCAACUUUGCAUAAAUACUGAACUAUAACACCAUUUAGCCCCCACAAAAGGACAUUUUGUUAUUUAUUUUUAUUAGAGGUGUACGUCCCUUGUAGCAAGAUAUAACAGCACAACACCACUCUACUUACAGCCCAGUACAUCACUGGGGCUGAGCUUCCUGCCAUCCAGGACCUCUAUACCAGGCGGUGUCAGAGGAAGGCCCUAAAAAUUGUCAGACUCCAGCCACCCAAGUCAUAGACUGUUCUCUCUGCUACUGCACGGCAAGCAGUACCGGAGUGCCAAGUCUGGGACUAAAAGGCUCCUUAACAGCUUCUACCCCCAAGCAAUAAGACUGCUGAACAAUUCAUCAAAUGGCUGCCUGGACUAUUUGCAUUGACCCCCUUAUUUUAUUAUUUUGUAUUCUUAUUUUUGCACAGGCUCGGUGUACACUCACUGGACUUUAUCCACACACUAAUACAAACACACACAAACACACACACAAAACACACACAUGCAUAUUGACGCCGCACACACACACACACAUACACACACUACAUGGCCAAAAGUAUGUGGAAAACCCUUCAAAUGAGUGGUUUCGGCUAUUUCAGUCACACCUGUUGCUGACGUGUAAAAAAUCUAGCACACAGCCAUGCAAUCUCCAUAGAGAAACAUUGGCAGUAGAAUGGCCUUACUGAAGAGCUCAGUGACUUUCAACGUGGGACUGCCAUCGGAUGCCACCUUUCCAACAAGUCAGUUCGUCAAAUAUCUGUCCUGCUAGAGCUGCCCAAGUCAACUGUAAGUGCUGUUAUUGUGAAGUGGAAACGAGUAGGACCAACAUCGGCUCAUUCGUGAAGUGGUAGGCCGCACAAGCUCACAGAACGGGACUGCUGAAGUGCGUGGCGCCUAAAAAUCAUCUGUCCUCGGUUGCAACACUCACUACCGAGAUCCAAACUGCCUCUGGAAGCAACGUCAGCACAAGAACUGUUCAUCGGGAGCUUCAUGAAAUGGGUUUCCAUGGGCCGCACACAAGCCUAGGAUCACUAUGCGCAAUGCUAAGCAUCGACUGGAGUGGUGUAAAGCUUGCCGCCAUUGGACUCUGGAGCAGUGGAAACGCGUUCUCUGGAGUGAUGAAUCACACUUCAUCAUCUGGCAGUCCAACAGACGACUCUGGGUUUGGUGGAUACCAGGAGAACGCUGUCUGCCCGAAUGCAUAGUGCCAACUGUAAAGUUUGGUGGAGGAGGAAUGAUGGUCUGGGGCUGUUAUUCAUGGUUCGGGCUAGGCCCCUUAGUUCCAGUGAAGGGAAAUCUUAACGCUACAGCAUACAAUGACAUUCUAGACGAUUCUGUGCUUCCAACUUUUCUUACUUAAUAUUUUUAAAUCAUUGUUGGUUAAGGGCUCAUAAGUAAGCAUUUCAUGGUAAGUACCUGUUGUAUUCGGCGCAUGCGACAAAUUUGAUUUGUCUUUGAAGUCUGCUGCAGCUUCUUGAUCAGUCCAUUAGAGAGCACUGUCGGUGUAACCCAAAGACACCCCUUGCCUGGGGAUCUUGCUUUGUGAAUUACAGGAAUGGAAUUCUGUUUGCCUGCUAUUUAACCCUUCGCACAUUCUCUCACAAUGAAGCCAGCUAUUUCAUGCAAUGUCGGUGCUUAUCAGCCUGACACAUCAGCCAUGUGCACAACAAAUCAGCUGCCAAGACUGGCUCUACCCAAUUCCUUUGUCUCUCUAAUACCUGCUUUUAUCUUGCCAGUCUGUGAGAAGACAGAGAUGAGACCUGUUGCUUUAAUCUCCUGUCACACACACACACAUCUCCUGCUGCGCCAAACCCACCACUGGUGUGCAUGGCCAAAGAGCGUUAUUUUCAUGUCAUCUGACCAUAGCACCAGUUCCAAUUCAAGUGCCAAUGCUGUUUAGCAAACUCAAGCCAUUUACAUUUGUUGGAUAACAUGGAAAUAGAGCUCUUUGGCCACGCAUACCAGUGGUAGGUUUGGCAAAAGAAGCAUGUCAAUUAUAUACAGAAAUGAACCCCAUACCUACUGUAAAAUGUGGUGGUAGAUCUUUGAUGUUAUGGGGCUAUUUUGCUUCCACUGGUCCUGGGGCCAUUUGUUAAGGUCAACGGCACCAAUACCAGGACUUUUUAGCCAAAAACCUGGUUGCCUCUGCCAGGAGGCUGAAACUUGGCCACAAGUAGAUCUUCCAGCAAGACAAUAACCCCAAGCAGACAUCAAAAUCCACAAAGAAAUGAUUACUUGACCACAUAAUCAACAUAUUGCAAUGGCCAUCUCAGUCUCCGGACUUGAACCCCAUUGAAAACCUGUGGUUUGAAUUGAAGAGGGCAGUCCAAAAGCGCAGACGACAAAGGAUAUCAAGGAUCUGGAAAGAUUCUGUAUGGAGGAAUGAUCUAAGAUUGCUCCAAAUGUGUUCUCCAAUCUCAUAAAACAUUUUAUAAAAAGGCUCAGUGCCGUUAUCCUUGCAAGGGGAGGGUGGAAAACAGGGCUGGCAAUAUUUGUUACCCCACAUUUUUUUCUCAAGAAGAUAUUACUUGUUAAACAGAAUCUCUUUCUCUGAGCAAUUGCAUUAUUAUAACAUAUUUUUUUAACAAUUAAUUGAGCAUAGUAUAUUGUCAGUUUUUACUGUACACUGAGAGAUUAAUUCCCAACAAUUUCCCUCAACCCCAAACCUUGAACAGCUUUUAACAGCAUUAUCUCAGGAUCCUGCUCCUUAUAAUACACAAAUUCCAGUUACUCACUCACAUAUUUAACAUGCUAUACAAUCCCAGACACUGCACAAAGCUUUUCGUGGCUUUCAAUUGGUUUGAAUUGAAGAGGGGAGUCCAAAAGUGCAGACGACAAAGGAUAUCAAGGAUCUAGAAAGAUUCUGUAUUAAUAUUAAUAAUAAUAUAUUAAUUAAUUAAUAUGCCAUUUAGCAGACGCUUUUAUCCAAAGCGACUUACAGUCAUGUGUGCAUACAUUUUUAUGUAUGGGUGGUCCCGGGGAUCGAACCCACUACCCUGGCGUUACAAGCGCCAUGCUCUACCAAUUGAACUACAGAGGAAUGAUCUAAGAUUGCUCCGAAUGUGUUCUCCAAUCUCAUAAAACAUUUUAUGAAAAGGCUCAAUGCCAUUAUCCUUGCAAGGGGAGGGUGGAAAACAGGGGUGGUAAUAUUUGCUACCCCAAAAACAUUUUCUCAAGUCUCUUUCUCUGAGCAAUUGCAUUAUUAUAACAUAUUUUUUUAACAAUGAAUUGAGCAUGGUAUAUUGUCUGUUUUUACUGUAUACUGAGAGGUUAAUUCCCAACGAUUUCCCUCAACCCCAAACCUCAAGCAGCUUUUAACAACAUUAUCUCAGGAUCCUGCUCCUUAUAAUACAGAAAAUCUAGUUACUCUGUGCAGGCCAGUCAAGUUCUUCCACACCGAUCUCCACAAACCAUUUCUGUAUUGACUUCGCUUUGUGCACGGGGGCAUUAUAAUGCUGAAACAGGAAAGGGCCUUUUCCAAACUGUUGCCACAAAGUUGGAAGCACAGACUCGUCUAGAUUGUCAUUGUAUGCUGUAGUGUUAAGAUUUCCAUUCACUGGAAGUAACGGGCCUAGCCCGAACCAUGGAAAAACAGCCCCAGACCAUUAUUCCUCCUCCACCAAACUUUACAGUUGGCACUAUGCUUUCGGGCAGGUAGCGUUCUCCUGGCAUCUGCCAAACCCAGAUUCUUCUGUAGGACUGCCAGAUGGUGAAGCGUGAUUAAUCACUCCAGAGAACGCGUUUACAGUGCUCCAGAGACCAAUGGCGUCAAGCUUUACACCACUCCAGCCAACGCUUGGUGAUCUUAGUCUUGUGUGCAGCUGCUCGGCCAUGGAAACCCAUUUCAUGAAGCUCCUGACGAACAGUUCUUGUGCUGACGUUGCUUCCAGAGGUAGUUUGGAACUCGUGGUGAGUGUUGCAACCGAGGACAGAUGAUUUUUAGGCGUUACGCGCUUCAGCACUCGGCAGUCCCGUUCUAUGAGCUUGUGUGGCCUACCACUUCGCGGCUGAGCCGUUGUUUCUCCUAGACGUUUCCACUUCACAAUAACAGCACUUACAGAUGACCAGGGUUGACGAACUGAUUUGUUGGAAAGGUGGCAUCCUAUGACGGUGCCAUGUUGAAAGUCACUGAGCUCUUCAGUAAGGUCAUUCUACUGCCAGUGUUUGUCUAUUGAUUUCACACACCUGUCAGCAAUGGGUGUGGCUGAAAUAGCCGAAUCCACUCAUUUGAAAGGGUGUCCACAUACUUUUGUAUAUAUAGUAUACGUGCACAACACAUAAGCCACGUGCACAACACAUCACAUGCAGUUUACUCACUGAACCAACUGUAGUAUGCACCCAUCUAUCCCUUGCUGUCAUACAAGCAUGAUGCACAGGUAGACACACAACUACAGAAGCAUAAAUAUCUCUGUUGCCUUUAGCUGUUACCAGCUAUACUGUGAUAGUACUACAAGCCAUUACUUUUCUCCAUGUGUUGUGUUGUGUGUUUGUCUCCUUCUAAGGAGACCCGUGUCCGUGUGUCCGAGAGAGGGCCUCUCCACCAUACCCAGAGUAUAUCCAUCAGCACACACACCCGAGGUGACGAAGCUGUCACACACACUCUGGCCACACACACACCCCAGGACACACAGCGCUGGGUGGAGGCCUUCUGGCAGCACUUCUACGACAUGAGUGAGUCGUACUGA